AUGACUCCGAAUCCGCACAUCGGUAUUAUCGGCGCAGGUAUUUCAGGCCUCCGCUGCGCCGACAUCCUCAUACAAAAUGGGGCACGCGUAACAAUUUUAGAAGCAAGAGAUCGCAUUGGCGGGAGAGUACACCAAUCAACGGUUGGAGACCAUGUAGUGGAUCUAGGCCCCAAUUGGAUUCAUGGCGCGGGGGAGAACCCCAUCAUGACCAUAGCGGAAGAAACGGGAACCGUGAUGUAUGAUCCGGAGGGUGGCAGACAUAUCACCUACUCGCGAGAUGGCCACCCAAUCAACGACGAAGUGAGCGCCAAAGUCCAAGACUUCGUAUGGACUACUAUAGCAGAAGCCUUUAAAUAUAGCAAUCACCAUGGGCAAAGUAUUCCCGCCGAGCGAAGUCUAUUCGAUUUCUUCCGCGAUCGAGUCCAGCAAACCAACUUCUCAGAUGAAGAGAAACAGCACUGUCUGGACGCCUGCAAGCUCUGGGGUGGUUAUGUCGGCGAUCAAAUCGACAAGCAAAGCCUGAAAUUCUUCCGUCUAGAAGAAUGCGUCGAUGGGAGCAAUUUCGUCGUGGCAUCAACAUACAAACGCAUCCUAGAACACGUCUCCGAAACUGCCGUGAAAAAGGCCUCCAUCCAUCUCAACGAACCAGUCACAAACAUCAACGCACCUACCAAAUCACCACACCAGGUGACAGUAACAACAGCAACAGGAAAAACCUACACCUUCGACGAAGUAGUGGUAACCUGUCCACUGGGCUGGCUGAAGCAAAACACCUCAGCAUUCACACCCCAACUCCCACCCCGUCUAGAACAAGCAAUAACCAACAUCUCCUAUGGCCGCCUGGAAAAGAUAUACGUGACAUUCCCACGCGCUUUCUGGCACGACGCCGUCUUCGCCCAAUUCCUCAACCCAUCCUACACAUCCUACCCCGAAAACAUAGAAUGGAACCAAGAAUGUCUCUCACUCGCUUCCCUUCCUUCCCCACACGCACAUCCAACCCUCCUCUUCUACACAUACGGCGCAGGCGGCGCGGAGAUAGUAAACCGGCUUUCCGGAUCGCCCUCGUCGCCUGGAUACAGAGAUGCCCUGAUCUCAACGCUACAGCCGUUCUACUCCCGACUUCCUGGGUAUAAUGCGGAGAACCCGGACUGUGUUCCGGUUGCGCUGCUUGCUACGCAGUGGCAGAAGGAUGAGUUUGCGGGGUAUGGGUCGUAUUGUAAUUUCCAGGUUGGGGUUGAGGGGGCGGAUAGGGAUAUUGAGGUUCUUAGGUGUGGGGAUGGGAUUGGGUUGAGUAGGGGUGUUUGGUUUGCUGGUGAGCAUACGGCGCCGUUUGUAGCGCUUGGGACUACUACUGGGGCAUUUUGGAGUGGGGAGAGGAUUGCCAAGGAGAUUUGUCGUGGGUUUGGGAUUGGGGAGGUUGGUGGGAUGGGGGUUAAGGAUGAUUCUUUGCCUUCUGCUCUUGAUUAG